AUGAAUCCAAGCCGUUGUGCAGCUUGUAGAUAUUUGAGAAGAAGAUGCCCUCCCGAUUGCAUUUUCUCCCCUUACUUCCCACCCAAUAAUCCUCAAAGAUUUGCUUCAAUACACCGAAUAUAUGGUGCCAGCAAUGUCGCAAAACUACUUCAGCGACUUCCGUCGCAUUUGCGAACUCAAGCGGCGGAUUCUUUGUACUUGGAGGCACAAUAUCGAAUCGAAGAUCCCGUGUAUGGUUGCGUUGGGCUCAUAUCUUUACUGCAGCAACAAAUACAUGAUAUCGAGAGGCAACUGGCUAUGACCCAGGCCGAGAUUGCCUUUCGGGCACGACAUCCCCAAGCUGUGGAGGGCAAUUUGUUGAACAAUGUUGGCAACCCCAGCUUCUCCAAUCAAGCUUCUUCUUGGUUUAUGUAG